AGUGGCCGGCCUGAAAGCGCUGGCGGCUCAGUCCGUCGGCCCGUCGGUCCGCUCGUCCGCUGCCGGUGCUGAGCGCGCCUAGGCCGUCGUCGCUGUCCCUCCGUGUCUCCGGCCCGAAGCGGCGGCCGGGCGCUCACCAUGUCGUCGUUCAUCUGGGUGCAGCUGAAGAAGACGUCGGAGGUGGACCUGGCCAAGCCGCUGGUGAAGUUCAUCCAGCAGACGUACCCGAGCGGCGGCGAGGAGCAGGCCCAGUACUGCCGUGCGGCCGAGGAGCUGAGCAAGCUGCGGCGCACGGCGCUCGGCCGCCCGCUGGACAAGCACGAGGGCACGCUGGAGACGCUGCUGAGAUAUUAUGAUCAGAUUUGUUCCAUUGAACCCAAGUUCCCAUUUUCUGAAAAUCAGAUCUGCUUGACAUUUACGUGGAAGGAUGCUUUUGAUAAAGGUUCCCUUUUUGGAGGAUCUGUAAAAUUGGCUCUUGCAAGCUUAGGAUAUGAAAAGAGCUGUGUGUUGUUCAAUUGUGCUGCCUUAGCUAGCCAGAUUGCAGCAGAGCAGAACCUGGAUAAUGACGAAGGAUUGAAAACGGCUGCUAAGCAGUACCAGUUUGCUAGUGGUGCCUUUUUACAUAUUAAAGACACAGUUUUAUCUGCCUUAAGUCGAGAGCCUACUGUGGACAUAUCUCCAGAGACUGUUGGGACCCUCAGUCUUAUUAUGCUGGCCCAAGCUCAAGAAGUAUUUUUCUUAAAAGCCACAAGAGAUAAAAUGAAAGAUGCCAUUAUAGCUAAGCUGGCAAACCAGGCUGCAGAUUACUUUGGCGAUGCUUUCAAGCAGUGUCAGUACAAAGACACUCUCCCCAAGUAUUUUUAUUUCCAGGAGGUAUUUCCCACCCUGGCUGCAAAGCAGUGUAUCAUGCAAGCCAAUGCUGAGUACCACCAGUCUAUCCUGGCCAAGCAGCAGAAGAAGUUUGGGGAAGAGAUCGCAAGGUUGCAGCACGCAGCAGAACUGAUUAAGAAUGUGGCCUCUCGCUAUGAUGAGUAUGUCAAUGUGAAGGAUUUUUCUGACAAGAUCAGCCGUGCCCUUACUGCAGCAAAGAAGGAUAACGAUUUCAUUUAUCACGACCGCGUCCCAGACCUUAAAGAUCUGGAUCCUAUCGGCAAAGCCACCCUUGUGAAACCCACCCCAGUCAAUGUACCCAUCAGCCAGAAGUUCUCAGAUUUGUUUGAGAAGAUGGUCCCUGUGUCUGUGCAGCAGUCCCUGGCUGUGUUUGGUCAGAGGAAAGCUGACUUGGUUAACAGAUCAAUCGCUCAAAUGAGAGAAGCCACUACUUUGGCAAAUGGGGUAUUGGCUUCCCUCAACCUUCCAGCAGCCAUUGAAGAUGUGUCUGGAGACACUGUGCCUCAGUCUAUCCUAACCAAGUCCACUUCUGUAGUUGAACAGGGUGGCAUCCAGACUGUUGACCAGCUGAUAAAGGAGCUACCCGAGUUACUACAAAGAAAUAGAGAAAUCUUAGAAGAGUCUUUGAGACUUCUGGAUGAAGAAGAAGCAACUGACAAUGACUUAAGAUCAAAAUUCAAGGAACGAUGGCAAAGGACUGCAUCCAAUGACCUCUACAAGCCUUUACGAGCAGAGGGAUCCAAAUUCAGAGCAGUUUUAGAUAAAGCUGUGCAAGCAGACGGAAAUGUGAAAGAGCGCUACCAGUCCCAUCGAGACACCAUCGCACUUCUGUGUAAGCCGGAACCUGAGCUGAAUGCGGCCAUCCCCUCUGCAAACCCAGCAAAGACCAUGCAGGGCAGCGAGGUUGUAAAUGUCUUAAAAUCCUUAUUAUCAAGUCUUGAUGAACUAAAGAAGGAAAGAGAGGGUCUUGAGAAUGACCUGAAGUCAGUGAAUUUUGACAUGACAAGCAAGUUUUUGACAGCUCUGGCCCAGGAUGGCGUGAUAAAUGAGGAGGCCCUUUCUGUCACUGAGCUGGAUCGGAUUUAUGGUGGUCUAACAGCUAAAGUUCAAGAGUCUCUGAAGAAACAGGAGGAACUUCUAAAAAAUAUACAGGUCUCACACCAAGAAUUUUCUAAAAUGAAGCAGUCUAACAAUGAAGCUAACCUAAGAGAAGAAGUUCUGAAGAACUUGGCAACUGCAUAUGACAACUUUGUUGAACUUGUAGCUAACUUGAAGGAGGGCACAAAGUUUUACAACGAGCUGACUGAAAUCUUGGUCAGGUUCCAGAACAAAUGCAGUGACAUAGUGUUUGCACGGAAGACAGAGAGAGAUGAGCUCUUGAAGGAUCUGCAGCAGAGCAUUGCCAGAGAACCCAGCGCUCCUUCCAUCCCUCCUCCAGCAUAUCAGGCCUCACCAGCAGGGGGGCAUGCCACAGCUCCUCCAACUCCAGCUCCAAGAACCAUGCCGCCUGCGAAGCCCCAGCCUCCAGCCCGGCCUCCACCUCCUGUGCUUCCUGCAAACCGAGUCACCCCUGCUGCUGCUGCUCCCACAGGGGCAGGGGUUGCUUCACCAGCACCAACACAGACCCCUGGCUCUGCUCCCCCUCCACAGGCUCAGGGACCACCGUAUCCUACCUAUCCAGGAUAUCCUGGGUAUUGUCAGAUGCCCAUGCCCAUGGGCUACAACCCCUACGCAUAUGGCCAGUACAACAUGCCGUACACGCCAGUGUACCACCAGAGCCCAGGACAGGCUCCGUACCCGGGACCCCAGCAGCCUGCCUACCCCUUCCCUCAGCCCCCACAGCAGUCUUACUAUCCACAGCAGUAAUGCUGCCACAAGCUGGCAGGUUCCGACCAGAGGGACAGGACAGCAGCCGCCUCAGUGUUCUAAGCCAUGUUCCGGUCACUCAAGCGGACUUUGCUCCACCAAUUGCCGUGGGUAAUGUCUGUCUGUGGCUAACAGCCGAAGCUGGGUCCCACCCCCACAUUUGAUCGCACUCGGGAGAUUUCGCUGCUGUCGCAGUAUAAACAUUAGGUAUAAUAGCACUUGAAAAAAAAUUACAGUUCAUAAAACGUUGCAAAUGAGAAAUUAAACCUGCAAGUGAAAUUAGCAUACUUUAUAAGAUGCAGUUGGAACAAAGAUGGUUUAAGUACUGAUAUUCAAGAAAAAGUUUUCUUUCUCUUUUGGUUUAUUGAUUUAGUUUAAUUUCUAUUAUGAUAUUUUGCAUAAUCAAGGCAUUGUAAAUCUUAUAAUUUAAAAAUAAAUUACUUAAGAACAGUUGUCAUUGUUAUGUUUUGUCAUUGAUUCUCAUUGCUGUCUUAAGUCCUUUCUGGUAUUAGCCUCUGGUUUUGUAUGCCCACAGGUUAAAUGUGCUGUGUUGAAAUGCAUGAGCAGGGCCAGUCAGCAGUCAGGGCCAAGGUUGCAGUAUGAAAAUGUGGAGCUCAGCUCUGCAGUUCAUCUGUCUUAUGCUGAAUAGUCAGCUAAGUUUCAAAAGCCCUUUAAUGUGGGAGACACACAACUGUUACCAAAGAUUCUUCAAAUAAAUAUAAAAUUUUAAAAGUGUA